UAGGGGAAGGAGUUAUGCUACUGGCCCCUUGUUGAAGGGCUGUGGCCACUUCAUGAUGCGGAGGCUAGCCAGCUGAGAGCAACCCUCAAGCCCCAGGUGCUGGAUGCGACUGAGGGAGAAGGAACUAGGAAGCCAUAAGAAGCGGUUAGCAGACUGCUGUGGAAUUCAGCUGGGAUUUUAUUUCAUUAUAUCUACUGCCUAUCUCCAAAUGUCUUGGUCUAUCGGUCAUCCUAAACUGCUCCAUCCUCAGCUACAACCUCCUAAAAUGUCUGCAACAUUGCUGGAAACCAUAAAUAAUAUGAGGAUCUUGAAGCCCUGAUAGCAGAAUUCCAGACAUUAGAUGCUAAAAAGACCCAGAUAAUUGAGACAGCGUGUCCCCCACCCUCACCAAGGCUGAACGCCUCCUUGUCUGCUCAUCCCGAGAGAGACGAAUUGAUCCUUUUUGGAGACGUUCCUGUAUAAUGAGCUGUACAUUUACAACAUCCGGAAGAACAGCUGGACUAAAGUAGAUAUCCCAAAUCCUCCUCCCAGGCGCUGUGCACAUCAGGCUGCAGUGGUGCCCCAGGGGGGUGGACAGCUAUGGGUAUUUGGUGGAGAGUUUGCCUCUCCUGACGGAGAGCAGUUUUACCACUACAAGGAUCUCUGGGUUCUGCAUUUGGCCACCAAGACUUGGGAGCACAUCAAGGUAACAGGGGGGCCCUCGGGAAGAAGUGGACACCGAAUGGUAGCCUGCAAGAGACAGUUAAUCAUCUUUGGAGGAUUCCAUGAGAGUGCCAGAGAUUAUGUGUAUUACAACGAUGUGUAUGCCUUCAACCUGGACACUUUCACAUGGACCAAGCUGUCUCCAUCAGGGACUGGCCCUGUUCCAAGGUCAGGCUGCCAAAUGGCUACCACUCCAGAGGGCAAUAUAAUUGUCUAUGGUGGCUACUCCAAACAGAGAAUUAAGAAAGAUGUUGACAAAGGCACCCUGCACACUGACAUGUUCCUGCUGAAGGCUGAAGGUGUGGGCAAGGAGGAAGGUGGAUUGCCACUCAGCGACUACAAGUGGGUAUGGAAUCGGCUUAGCCCAUCAGGUGUGAAACCCACUCCCAGGUCUGGCUUCUCUGUGGCAAUAGGCCCCAAUAACCGGUCCCUUCUCUUCGGAGGUGUGCAUGAUGAAGAAGAGGAAGAAUGCAUUGAAGGAGACUUCUUCAGUGAUAUUUAUUUCUACGACAUGGGAAAGAACCGCUGGUUUCCUGGACAACUUAAGGGACCUAAAUCUGAAAAGAAGAAACGUAGGCGAGACAAAAAGGCUCAGGCAGAGGGCGCAGGGGAUGGAGAGGCAGAGGACCAGUACCCUCAGGGCCCAGUGGAGAUCGUCAAAGAAGUGGUGGCAGAGGAUGGGACCGUCACGACGAUCAAGCAGGUGGUCUCUGCCCCUGAAGUGGAGCUGGAGAGGUCCGAAUCGGAAGACGAAGAGGAGGCUGGUGAUGAAGCCUCCAGCCAGCAGGUGGAGCCAUGCCCACGUUCAAACGCUAUGCUGGCAGUGAAGCAUGGGGUUCUCUACGUCUACGGGGGGAUGUUCGAGGUGGGAGACCGCCAAUUCACCCUCAACGACCUCUAUAGCAUCGACCUCCACAAGAUGGAGGAAUGGAAGGUCCUGGUGGAGAUGGAUCCAAAAACUCAAGAGUGGCUGGAAGAGUCCGAGUCCGACGAGGAGGGGGAUGAUGUGGAAGGUGCAGAGGGAGGUGAGGAGGAGGAGGAGGACUCUGAUGAAGAAAGUGAAGAUGAUGAAGAAGAGGAGCGGCACCCAUCUGUUCAGCUUGAUGAGAAAUACACAGACUAUCUGCCCAGGACUGAGCAAUACUGGAUUAAACUAGCCCGCCACAAUAUGGGCCCUGAUGCAAAGGAGAAGAAGGUGGCAAAAUUGGCACAUGCGAUGGCAAAGACUUUUUAUGAAGGUUCGGUCUAGAUGCGUGUGCUGCAGAGAAUGAGCACACGCCUCACUGGGACAACAGCCAGUUGAACCAGCCAUCUAAACCUGAUGUACCUCUUACCUGGUAUGUACUAUAGGUUCCAAAGGCCCCUGGCUGCUACACACUAAUGUCUUGGGCAGUCCAAGGUUGGCGUGCCUAGCUGCUCACAGUAUAUUUCUGCCAUUAUCACCCUGUAAAUGGGCCUUAGUAAACAGGAUUGCUGGCUGGGAAUGUGUUCUGCUGAGAUUGGAAUGUACACUGUAAUUUUGUUGACAGCUGUUUAAGUUGGCUGCAGACAGACUGCUUAAUAGAAUCAGAACAUCACUUGAGGUUCCUAAUGUCCUUCAUCUGGCCAGGGGCUGGAUAUGAUUUUUUUCUCAGUGCUUUCAUAAUAAAGUUGUUUGGUUGAGUUA